UUAGCCUACGUUGUGUUGUGAUGUAGCUUCUGUGCCGAUAAAUCCUUGUAGAAACGCAUCUUUUUGUGGUGUUUGAGUCCGCUUUCCGUGGUGGUUUUGUCCUCCUUGGCAGAGGGAAGGUGUCUCCUUUGUUGCCCAUGAGUCCACCGGUGGAUUUAUGAGUUUUAACCCAGACGAAGUGAGCCGGAAGCGGACUCAGCCCCCCUGGCUAACCGGCUAAGUUGCUAACUGUUAGCUCCUCAGGGCUAACGGGCAGAUUUUAUGAUCCCUUUUGAUGUAGAAGAUAAAACUACAGAUGUGACUGUUUUGAUUAGUCUUGAUCAAGGAUGGCGUCUCCGUUCAAGAUCCCCAAAAGGAAACAACUGGACGGUUCAGACUCCGCCCACAUGUUGUCUCCGUUGUCCCGCCUCCAGAGCAGCCCCACCUCCGGGUUAAAGACUUAUGGCGAUUCGUACAGAAGAGGUGGCGCUGACAAGGUGCAUGCUGGGAACUCCCUGGGCUCCCCAGUGAACAGGCGAAGUGGAUGUAAUUCUUCGUUUCACAUCGUGGUCAAAGCUCAGGUGGGCGGGAACAGACCCAACACAUCGACCAAUCACAGCACAGAUCACAGGGGAGGCCGCCAGUCAGCAUCUGCUUUUUCCAAUGGCAGAUGGCGUCCUAGGAGAGCGUCUGACCGCCUGCUGCAGCCGGACCCCUCUCCUCCUACAAAGACCAGCUCUGCUUCCACCGCAGGCGUCUCCGUGCAGUCGGUCGACUCCCUGGCCGAGCUCAGAGGUGAACGGCAUGCUGGGAUUCGGAGUUCUUCACAAGCCAAGGCUGGGCGGGACGCCGGCACGUUUGACCUGAAAAGCGACAGAAGCAGUGUUCCUGACUUUUCUCCAUCCAAAAACAAGUACAUGUCAGAUCAGCCUGCUCCGUCAAACUCCCACAGACUCUCCUCCUCCUCUUCAUCUUCAUCUUCAUCUUCGUCGUCCACGGCAACGGCAAGGAGGUGGAGUCUGGACCGGAAGGCGUGGCUCAGCAGUGGUAGGAGUAGGACUGGUCUACGCAAUGAUGAUGAAGGUGAUGAUGAUAAGGAGACGGAGAGGGAGCGGUGGAAGGAGUUCAGAGACAGGAAGGUGACGAGGAGGUCGGCUGUCCUGAAUCUACAACCCAAGAAACGCAGACCCACACCCAGACCGGGUCCAUCUGAGCCCAUCGUGUUGUCGAGCGAGGAGGAAGAUGAGGCUGAGGAUGAAGGGGGCGGAGCCAAGAGGUUGAAGGAGAGCUGCAGACGAAUGGACGAGUCCAAACAGGAGGCGGAGCAUCUACAGGUUUGUUCCUCCAGUGACGACAACCCAACGCCCUCGUUUCUGCAGCUGGAUUUCACGUCACUUCAUGUUGGAUUGAUGAAGGCCAACGCCAACGGGAAGAUGAUGAUCACCGACAGCGGCGUCACACUCCCCCUGAAAGGGGACGAGGAGGGCGAGGUCUCGGUGGUGGCGUCUCAACUUCAGGCGUACGGAGUCUGGGACGGGGGCGUGGCCAGGGGCGGGACUAUGCUGGCAGAGUGGAAAGGUCCCGCCCCCUCGCUGCUCUUCCUAUGGGUGACGGACGCUCAGGCCAACCUUCUGCAGAGGGAGCUGUCGGAGAUCCAGACCUGCAACUCCACAGGUGGUCCAGGUCCACUGUGUCCCUUCCUCCUGCUGGUCCUGAAGGAGCAGCUUCAGGAGCUCCAGGCCGCCCUCCUGGCCUCCAUCCUGGACAUGGACGAGUACCGACUGGGCCGGUCCUCUUUGUCAUGUCCUCUGGACUGGACCGACGGGCUGCUGCUCAUCCACAGCUGUCCUCCUCCUCUGGACCAGCACCUCCUGGGUCUGCUGGGGCAGUCUGAGCAGAAGUCCAGUUCACUGAGGAGCACCAGGUCCAGUUUGAGUUCUGGACCACAACUUCUUCCCACAAGGUUGAUCCAGUACCCACCGGCGCCCUCUAAAGGACGCAUCACGGUGUCCAAGGAGGACGUGGCCUGUCUGGACGCCGGACAGUUCCUCAACGACGUCAUCAUCGACUUCUACCUCAAGUUCCUGAUGCUGGAGGGCGUCGGAGGAAACGUCGCCAAACGGACGCACGUCUUCAGCAGCUUUUUCUACAAACAGCUGAGUCGACGGAGGGGAGUCGGAGAAGACGACAGAGCUUCAGUCCCCGACCGCCACACGAGGCAUCGGCGGGUGAAGACGUGGACUCGCCACGUGGACAUUUUCACCAAAGACUUCCUGUUUGUGCCUGUCAAUCAAGAAGCUCACUGGUACCUGGUGGUGGUUUGUUUCCCGGGUCUGGACGACGUUCGGUUGGAGGAGUUUCAGAGUCCGACAGGAGGAUCAGGGAAACCGGCCGUCGGUCUGAGGUCCCAGCAGCCACCGGAGUGCACUCUGAAGGGGUUCAACCAGGACACGGCGCUGAAGAGACCCUGUAUUCUCGUCAUGGACUCACUGAAGUUGUCCUACCAUGAAAACGUCUGCAGGCUGCUACGAGAGUACCUCCAGGUGGAGUGGGAGGUCCGUCGGGGGACGCCCCGCCUCUUCACGCCAGAUGCCGUGAAGACGUUCAACUGCAGAGUCCCUCAGCAGGACAACAGCAGCGACUGUGGACUCUACCUGCUGCAGUACGCCGAGAGCUUCCUGCAGAACCCCAUCGUGCACUUCGAGCCCCCGUUGCGCCUGGACCAGUGGUUUCCACGGCAACAUGUGCGGCAGAAGCGCGAGGAGAUCCGGAGUCUGAUAAUGAGGCUCCACCGGCAGCAGAGCGACGAUGACGGACCGAACCUGACGCCGAGCCGAUGAGUCACCGUGCAAUAAACUGUUAAUAUUAUUGUUCUUAUUUUUGUACGCAAUGUUUCUGGACUCAGGAUUAUAUCGUUAUUGUUCCAAUAAAAGUCACAAACACA